CGACGCCAUUUCAAAACAAAUGCGCGGCAACGAAUUUUAUUUCACACCGAAACAUUGAGUGAAAAGUCGUGAAAGAAGACAGAUAAAUUUAUCAAAAUGGGAGCAAAAGCAACAAAAAUGGAGGGUGAAUAUUUGCCGGAUACGCCGACACUAAACAGAAUGCGCCUGGCCAGCGAAAAACAGGAAAAUGUGGAAAUGACGACGCCGAAUAGAGAGCAAAAUAACGCUUUACUAGAUCCUCGAUCUCCAAAUGGCUGUCGCACACCUCUAAAUUUUUUGCAGGCCGGACAGCAAAAACCGCGUGCUGAGGAGGCAGAGGAGCAGGUGGCCACCAGUGAGAAUGCCUUUGCAAUGUUGCGAAAACGUUUGCUCAAAGGCUUCUCGCUUAAUGAUCCCCGUUCUCCUAAACUAAAUCGUACUCCUUUGGUUCUCGACGAGGUGCGCUCCCUCAAUAUGGACGACACCUUUGCCGAUCUCUUUGUGGACACCAGGGCGGGCUCAGUCCAACGAGCAGUGCCAGCUACUCCUCCUCAAGUGGAUUUGGAGGAGAGCUGCGAUAGCUAUGGCACACCACCGUCUAAUGCCCACAACAAUAGUUCCCUGGAGAUUGUUUCAUUGCCCUUUGACGAGGAGGAGACCUUGCCUUGUGAAAGUCAGCUGUUGCAGAAACGGGAGCAGGAUCCGGUCAAGAUGGAGACCCCGCCUCCUGCACAGCAGCUUCAUAGUGAUCCCCGUUCGCCCAGCAUGGGCGUCGAUCGCACACCCAUUAUCUUCUGCGACGACGAGGAGGAGGAGGCUCGUGAGGCUCAGAUGCUGGAGCACAUCCUGGAAACCCUGACCCUAAAUCUAAGCACUGGCAGCAGUAUGGCCUCCUUUGCUACUGGCGAGGAUCAGCCCUCAGCUAUGCCAGCCAACAAACCUUUGGAGCGCGUGCGUUUGGGUCACAAGCGAAGGGUUCCGCCGCGCAAGCCCGCAAGGGCCAACAAGCCAAAGAUCUAUGUCGAUCAGGAGGAGGAGUCGCCAGUGGCAGGAGGAUCCAUCACACCCAAGUCGAACAGUACACCCCUGUCCGCUCAGAAGCGUACCCCACUCAGUUGUGUUAAGAAUAAAACGCAUCUGCGGUCGCGUUCCGGGGAAAGGGAUCUCAGGAAGACGCAGAUUCCUCCUGUGCAGACCUUCAACGAUCAGAUGCUGCUAAUCUCCGGCGGCGAGGGACUGAACGGACCUAUAUACUAACCAAGUUUAGUAGUUUUAAAUUGCCCACCGAAAACCCACCAAAUCAUUUUGCACCUUAUAAUUCUCACUUCAUUCAUAUUUUAAUAAAUCAUUUUAUUAGUUUGCUUUCAAGUAUCUGGUUUUUCUUAUCAGAUAUCUCUGAAUGGAUAUUUUUUAAAUUUUAAAUGUUUUUAAUAGAGGCUC